AGAUAGAGAAUUAGGGUAGAAGAGUUCGAAGAAGAGAAUGGGGAAGAAGGAAGAUAGCGUCCCGCCAUGGCGCCAGCCGCCGCCACAGCGCAACAAGUACGAGAAGCUGGGAAUGCGGGCGACGCACGAGCACGGCAAUACAGCGAUGAUGUACGCGCCAAAGCGAGGAGCUGGAAUGGACGACGACGCCGCCGCCAAGGACGGGCUCAUGGACGAGAUUGAUCCGGAGCUCCGCCUUGCUUUCAGCAGGAAUUUCCAGUUCCUCCGGAGGACUUUCAGCAUUGAGACGCUCCUCAGGCCUCUACCUCCGCAAAUCGCCCAGAACGUAGCUCUCAACCUCGGCUUCUUCUCCCGGAUUUUCACGCAGUUCUUCGAUCCCAGAGGAAUCCGCGACGUGAGAAGCUCCAUGGGUCUUGGAGAAGAGCGAUCAUCCAGGCGAGUAAGCUAAGAAUUAUCGAAACGAAAACAAAAGGAAAAAAAAAAAGAGAAGAGAGUUUCAUUGUUUGAACUGUGACAACGAUUUCUAAAUCGCGAAAUCCAAAAGCACGAUGAUGAUAA